UUCAGAAAGCCAGGUGAAGACCUUGCUCUCUCUCCUGUGGAUUACUUGGGUUACAAGACUGUCAGGAGACUCCAAGUUUGCGUGGCUGGGACCAGAUCCUCUGUAUGUGUUGGUGGAAGUUUGAAGCUCUUUGGGACUAUUGUUUACGUGGACAUUCUGAGCCAUUUUUAAGGGCAUAGACGCUACUAGCAAUGAGCUCCCAAAGCCAUCCAGAUGGACUUUCUGGCCGAGACCAGCCACUGGAGCUGCUGAACCCUGCCCGAGUGAACCACAUGCCCAGCUCGGUGGAUGUGGCCACAGCACUGCCUCUGCAAGUAGCCCCCACAGCGGUGCCCAUGGACCUGCGCCUGGACCGCCCGUUCCCGCUGCCCGUGGCGGAGCCGGCGCUGCGGGAGCAGCAGCUGCAGCAGGAGCUCCUGGCCCUGAAGCAGAAGCAGCAGAUCCAGCGGCAGAUCCUCAUCGCCGAGUUCCAGCGGCAGCACGAGCAGCUCUCACGGCAGCACGAAGCCCAGCUGCACGAGCACAUCAAGCAGCAGCAGGAGAUGCUGGCUAUGAAGCACCAGCAGGAGCUGCUGGAGCACCAGCGUAAGCUGGAGCGGCACCGCCAGGAGCAGGAGCUGGAGAAGCAGCACCGCGAGCAGAAACUGCAGCAGCUCAAGAACAAGGAGAAGGGCAAAGAGAGUGCCGUGGCCAGCACUGAGGUGAAGAUGAAGCUGCAGGAGUUUGUCCUCAACAAAAAGAAGGCACUAGCCCACCGGAACCUGAACCACUGCAUCUCCAGUGACCCCCGCUACUGGUACGGGAAGACACAGCACAGCUCCCUGGACCAGAGCUCACCUCCUCAGAGUGGGGUGUCAGCUUCCUACAACCACCCAGUCCUGGGGAUGUACGACGCCAAAGAUGACUUCCCUCUUAGGAAAACAGCUUCUGAACCCAACCUGAAACUGCGGUCCAGGCUUAAGCAGAAAGUCGCUGAGAGACGGAGCAGCCCCCUGUUACGCAGGAAGGACGGACCUGUGGUCACGGCUCUUAAAAAGCGUCCCCUGGAUGUCACAGACUCUGCGUGUAGCAGUGCUCCCGGCUCCGGACCCAGCUCGCCCAAUAGCAGCUCUGGCAAUGUCAGCACUGAGAACGGCAUCGCACCCGCAGUGCCCAGCAUCCCAGCUGAGACCAGCUUAGCACACAGGCUCGUGACUCGAGAAGGCUCUGUCGCCCCUCUCCCUCUCUACACGUCGCCAUCCUUGCCCAAUAUCACCUUAGGACUUCCUGCCACCGGCCCCUCUGCGGGCACAGCGAGCCAGCCGGACGCAGAGAGGCUCGCUCUCCCAGCCCUGCAGCAGCGGAUCUCCCUGUUCCCCGGCACCCACCUGGCCCCAUUCCUGGGCGCCUCGCCCCUGGAGCGGGAGGGCGGAGCGCCUCACAGCCCUCUGCUGCAGCACAUGGUCCUGCUGGAGCCGCCGCCCGCACAGACACCCCUCGUCACAGGCCUGGGGGCGUUGCCCCUCCACGCACAGCCCCUGGUCAGUGCAGACCGCCUGUCCCCGUCUGUGCACAAGCUGCGGCAGCACCGCCCGCUGGGGCGCACGCAGUCGGCGCCCCUGCCACAGAGCGCGCAGGCUCUGCAGCACCUGGUCAUCCAGCAGCAGCACCAGCAGUUCCUGGAGAAGCACAAGCAGCAGUUCCAGCAGCAGCAGCUGCACCUCAGCAAGAUUAUCCCCAAACCAAGUGAGCCAGGUCGGCAGCCUGAAAGCCAUCCUGAGGAGACCGAGGAGGAGCUCCGAGAGCACCAGGCCCUGCUGGAUGAGCCCUUCCUCGACCGGCCCCCCGGACAGAAGGAGGCCCACCCAUUGGCCAGCAUCCAGGUGAAGCAGGAACCCAUUGAGAGUGAUGAAGAGGAGGCGGAGUCUGUGCGGGAAGCGGAACAAGGCCAGCGCCCACCCACUGAGCAGGAACUGCUCUUCAGACAGCAAGCCCUCCUGUUGGAGCAGCAGCGGAUCCACCAGCUGAGGAACUUCCAGGCGUCCAUGGAGGCUGCUGGCAUCCCCGUGUCGUUCGGCAGCCACAGGCCUCUGUCUCGGGCACAGUCGUCUCCAGCCUCCGCCACCUUCCCCAUGUCAGUCCAGGAGCCAUCCACCAAGCCAAGGUUCACCACAGGCCUUGUGUAUGACACGCUGAUGCUAAAGCACCAGUGCACCUGUGGGAACACUAACAGCCACCCUGAGCAUGCUGGGAGGAUCCAGAGCAUCUGGUCCCGCCUGCAGGAGACAGGCCUGCGCAGCAAGUGUGAGUGCAUCCGUGGACGGAAGGCCACGCUGGAAGAGCUGCAGACCGUGCACUCAGAGGCCCACGCACUGCUCUAUGGCACAAACCCCCUCAACAGGCAAAAACUGGACAGCAAGAAGCUUCUAGGAUCGCUGACCUCAGUGUUUGUCAGGCUUCCUUGCGGUGGUGUCGGGGUGGACAGCGACACCAUAUGGAAUGAGGUGCACUCAUCAGGGGCGGCCCGCCUUGCAGUGGGGUGCGUGGUGGAGUUGGUCUUCAAGGUGGUUACAGGGGAGCUGAAGAACGGCUUUGCUGUGGUCCGCCCCCCAGGACAUCAUGCUGAGGAGAGCACCCCCAUGGGGUUUUGUUACUUCAACUCCGUGGCAGUGGCGGCCAAGCUUCUCCAGCUGAGGCUGAAUGUGAGCAAGAUCCUCAUCGUCGACUGGGAUGUGCACCACGGGAAUGGAACCCAGCAGGCUUUCUACAGUGACCCCAGUGUGCUCUACGUGUCCCUGCACCGCUACGACGACGGGAACUUCUUCCCGGGCAGCGGGGCACCUGAUGAGGUGGGCACAGGGCCAGGAGUGGGCUUCACGGUCAACAUGGCUUUCACGGGCGGCCUGGACCCUCCCAUGGGAGACACAGAGUACUUAGCAGCCUUCAGAGCCGUGGUCAUGCCGAUCGCCAACGAGUUUGCCCCGGAUGUGGUGCUGGUGUCCUCGGGCUUCGAUGCUGUGGAGGGUCACCCGACGCCUCUCGGAGGCUACAACCUGUCUGCCAAAUGUUUUGGGUACCUGACAAAGCAGCUGAUGGGCCUGGCCGGCGGCCGGGUGGUGCUGGCCCUGGAGGGCGGCCAUGACCUGACGGCCAUCUGCGACGCCUCUGAAGCCUGUGUUUCUGCUCUGCUGGGAAAUGAGCCGCUCGCCUUCCUCUCCCCAGGCAAGCACUGGCGCUGCCUGCAGCGCCUCGCCUCCACCGUGGGCCAUUCUCUGACGGAGGCGCAGAAGUGCGAGAGUGAAGAGGCCGAGACCGUCACCGCCAUGGCCUCGCUGUCCGUGGGCGUGAAGCCGGCGGAGAAGAGGCCCGACGAGGAGCCCAUGGAGGAGGAGCCACCGCUGUAGGGGCCCUGGAAGCUGCUGUUCUCUCAUUUGUUUGUCUGUCUUGAAGCUCAGCCAAGAAACUUUACCGUGUCACUCCUGCCUCCUGCAGCGGUGCCCUCUGAGCAAGAAGGGACGCCCUGCACACCGCGGCCACGGGAGCCUUCCGCCGCCCGGCCCGGACGCCUGGAGACGCACAUGCACACCGGGCAUGUACAUGGCAGGUACAUGGAACACGGGCUGCGUGCCCUGAGUACACGCACGGACACACGGAAGCCAAGCACACGCCAGCGGUCCCUCGGGGAGCACGAAGGGAGGAGCCUGUGGGAACUUGGGCAGAGUUGCCAAGUUCUGGUGACAGGAAGAAGAGAGUGAAAAUCAAAGAUCUAAUAAUACAAAACAAACUUGAUUAAAACUGGUGCUUAACAUUUGAUUCUUACCCACAAUUCCACAGUCUCCGUGUAAACCACUCAUCUUGUAGGUUUUUU